AUGAACAGCCUAGUGGCCACCUACAGGACAGAUGCAAGGGCUAGCCUUUGUCUAUCCCAUCUGAGAGUUCUCAAAGCUGAUGUGGCUUUCCAGGUGUUAUUUGCCAAAAGCAUUGAAGGCACAAGAGCUGAUCCCAGCAGACAAGUAACAACAUUAAAGAUGAGCACAAGACAGGCUGUAAUGGGAAAUCUGAAGAAAUCAGAGAAGAGGUGGCAAGAAUACACAGAAGAACUGUACAAAAAAGAUCUUCAUGACCCAGAUAAUCAUGAUGAUGUGAUCACGAAUCUAGAGCCAGACAUCUUGGAAUGUGAAGUCAAGUGGGCCUUAGAAAGCAUCACUAUGAACAAAGCUAGUGGAGGUGAUGGAAUCCCAGUUGAGCUGUUUCAAAUCCUGAAAGAUGAUGCUGUGAAAGUGCUGCACUCAAUAUGCCAGCAAAUUUGGAAAACUGAGCAGUGGCCACAGGACUGGAAAAGGUCAGUUUUCAUUCCAAUCCCAAAGAAAGGCAAUGCCAAAGAAUGCUCAAACUACCUCACAACUGCACUCAUCUCACAUGCUAGUAAAGUAAUGCUCAAAAUUCUCCAAGCCAGGCUUCAGCAAUACGUGAACUGUGAACUCCCUGAUGUUCAAGCUGGUUUUAGAAAAGGCAGAGGAACCAGAGAUCAAAUUGCCAACAUCCGCUGGAUCAUGGAAAAAGCAAGAGAGUUCCAGAAAAACAUCUAUUUCUGCUUUAUUGACUAUGCCAAAGCCUUUGACUGUGUG